AAUUGUAUAUAAAUACUUUGUUGCAUUGUCAAUAGAGUGUUUAAAAAUAAUUGUUAUGUGUGUACCUUUUAUUUAGGUGCUCGUGGUCCACACUACACACAGACCUAAUAAAACAGAAACCAAAGUUAGUUUCUACAUACUCACUCAGUCUCUCUCAUAGAAUAAGUCAUUGUCUACAUACUAACUCAGUCUGUCUCGAGAAAUAAGAACUAAUCGUCAAUCAGACAAAUGCUGACAAGGCUUGACCGAACUAAUAGAUAUAAACACCGGAAUUGCCAGUUAUACAUUGUAACUGGUCCCGGUUGAGGGUGGAAGCCUUGACAGCAUGCAGGCCAUCUGCGAUGCGCAUGUCGAGGCUUUGGUGCUGUUGGAUUAUGUCAAUAACGAUGUUGUAGUGCAGAGAUGCGAGGCCCUUAUGACGCUCGCUCUACACCCACUGGUGAAUGCUAUCAGUGUAUUCAACGCAGUGCUUGCGGUGGAGACUCGCAUGGCCUCGGCCCAACGGAAAGCCGGGCUGCUGAAGAAGUUGUUAGGCUUAGCCCGUGUUAAGCAAGAUGUGCAGCUACAGUGUUCCAUAGUAACGGUUGCCUGGCAACGGCUCGGCGAAGCCUGCAGCCGGAAAUCCGCGGGCCUCAGAUAUGUGUGUUUGGAGGUGCUGGGUGAGCUGGUUAAGCCCGUAGACGCCGGUGGUAGUGGACAAUUAUCCAGGAACGAUAAGACCGCUGGCCACAUGGACUCAACCGCGGUCACGGCGAAUGACAUACGUCGACUUACGCUGUCCUUCUGUGACGACACUGACGCACGUGUCCGUCAUACGGCACUGAACGUGGCGAGUGCAUCGUACAGGCGCGGAGUGGUUAUGGGCAUUGACGUGUACCAGGCAGCGGUGCACGCGCUGGAUGAUGCCAGCCCAGAGGUGCGUAUGCAGGCGAUAAAUGUGGUGUGGGUGUGUGCAAACACAUCGCCCGAUGCAAAGAUUGACCAAGGCACUGAGACGCGCAUGGUGGAUGAUGCGUUCGCUAAGAUAUGUGAUCUGGUCAACGAUGUGGAGGUGCCUGUGCGCGAGAGAGCAUGUCAGCUGCUGGGCAGCAUCCAUGGUGUGCAGGACGAGAUAGUGCUACAAACACUUGACAAGAACAUCAUGUCACACUUAAGACACGCCAAGACCCACGAGCAAAAGCGCAACGAAGCGAGAUUUGGCGCGCGUUGUGCCGAUUAUCUAGUGGAUAUGUUCAAUGACGAAAUCGACGAUGUUCGGCUGGCGGCUAUGCACUCAUUGCGAUUGAUGAUCUCAUACACUCAGUUCAACAGUGAGCAUGUUGACAUCAUGUUGGGAUCGCUGCAUGAAGACAACGUGCUAGUCCGCAAUGCAGUGCUAAGCGAGUUGCAGCGGGUCUCGUCGCUAUAUUCUGAGCACUCUCAGCCCUGCACCCACGCCAGGGUGUACCGAACUUUCACCAAAAUUGCCUUUGGGUUCCUCAAACUGCGGCGGUUGUUGCCCGAGGCUCGGGAUGUGGCCCAGCGCGAUACGCAAAAUAGCGCAGACGCAGCCACACCCACAUACACCCAUACAUAUACACAUACACCCACACACACCCAUACAUCUACACAUACACCCACACAUACCCAUACAUCUACACAUACACCCACACACACCCAUACAUCUACACAUACACCCACACACACGCCGAGAGAUACUUCCACAGCCAGAGCCACAGAGACAGGCCCAUCGGCGGAGGGCGACAGUGGUGUGCGCAAUCAGUCGCACCGUAUCGCGGGAGCUCCGCAACUGUCGGCUGAAGCGCGGGCUGCGCUGCCGUCGCUCAGUCUGCUGAUGCUGCACCAAGUAGCCAGGGUGUGCCAUACGUAUCUGGGGGUGCGUGAGAGCAUGCAGUGUGGGCUGGACGAGAUGCGUCUGGUGUGGUGUGGCGUGUACUUGGUGUGUGUCAUGGAGGCACACGUACCGAAGGGUGGCGUAGCGGGGGAUGGCAUAGUGGGGGGUGAUGCAGGGUAUGGGCAUACUACACAGAGCCGUGUACGUGCACACACAGACACACCCGCCCACCCACGGGAGAGUACGCACACGCACAUGUGUGACCUAUGGGAAAUCGUAGUGGCUCAGGCGCGCGAGUGGUGUGAGAGGUACGAUCCCCCGCAGACACACAAGACCGUACAGGAACAGACACGCCUGACACGUGUCAGUGUCAAGAGGCCGCGAACGGAUAGUAGUGCACAGGCACUGCCCACAGCAGCCACACACGACGACAGGCACACAGGACACGCAGCCAAGGGAACACACACGGAAGAGACGGCGUCUGGGGCGGAUGCCAGUAAGGGGGUUAUGGGAUUUGCCAGAGACAUACUUAGGAUGAACGAGGAGUAUGUGGGACAUGGCCACAAUGGUAGACACACACACACGCACGCACGCACACAUGACCGCUCCGGCGCAAGCACAGAUUCAAGGGAGCAGCUGAUGCUCGGAGAAGAGAUAGGCAACGAAGGAACGGUCGCUCAUGCACAGACGAGACCACUCCAUCGCACGCACUGGCACAGUCUGCGCCAGGCGAUGCUCUCGGCCAUUGCCACGUACACCCCACCGCAUGUGGAGCUCACAGGCGCUGUGCUGCGACGCGUGCACGCUACACACACGGUGCAUGUGAAGCCGCGCAAAGGGCUCUCGGCAGCGGAGUCCGCUGUUGCCAUGCCAACGCCUGUGCAUGUGCACGGAGUGCUAUACAAUGUACCGAACCUCUUCAUGUCUCGCAUUCGCCUGUGCUGUAAGCUGGUCAAUGGGUCCACCCACUGCACUGCACUGAAGCCCUGUGCUCUGUCCGGGCGGACUAUGACCAGGGACUUAGAUGGAGAGGUCGCGAGCGCUCAACAGCACAACAACACCAUCAGCGUCACGCACCAUACACAACACAGCACACACACAACACAGGGCACCCAAAGCACACGUGUGAGCGGAUCAUCGAGUGAGCAUGAAGUGGUGGCCUUCCGUGUGACCGAGAGCUUCCAUCCAGCCAGGCAGAAAGGCAAGGCCAAAAUACACUUAACGAUAACAAUGAAAUACAAGAACGGAGAGGGGCUUCAGAGAUUUUUGGACACCGUAAAGGACCUGACAAGUGCGAGCGCACUCCGCCAAGAAAGCCCGGAGAGUGACAGUAUAGCACGGACAUCUACGUACCGCGAUGAGCUUAAGCUGUUGGGUCUGCAUGAAUGCACUAUAACCAUCUCCAAGCAACGCUCCUUCCAAACCUGAACCGGGUCAUAGUACUACGCCAACACCGGACACACGAGUGGUCAGUACCUUCCAAUGGAUGGGCGAGUGCGGGGUAGCACAAGUGUACGUCACUUUUGCCGACCAAUUGUAUUACUGCGAAGAUAUUUGUCCCCAUUGAUUUUUCUGCAUCUGAAUAUGCACAGAAAUACUAUUUCAACAUAGCUCGGGAUGUCGCGCCUAGACAGUAGUUUAGUACAAGGCAAUUGCGCGUGGUGGUUGUGUGCACAGUCUGGCCCAAACCGGCACGUUAUAUACGGCAAGGUGCGAAUUAUGUUCUCUGGAUAGAGAAAGUCAUCUAUCUCUCUAACACAUCAGCAGAGCAGCAUUUAUUGGUACCUUGGAAGCCUGAAAGGCGGUGCACACGCGCACAUGGCUUUCGCGCAUACGAUCGACAUCGUACGAUAAUCCAGUUUACAUUUGAACCGAAAGUCACUUACCGAUGGUUUAUAGUGCCUUCGUUUAGAAACAACCAUCUGAUUUCGUUGUGGCAGGUAUAUGUUAUUGUUAUGCAUUAAUCUCCGAUACGUUCUUGGCCGUAAUACUCGCGUGGGAGUGUUUUUGAUCUUCGCAACUGUGUAUAUAUCAUUGCGGCUACAACUUGUGCAGCUGAGGGGUCGUGCACUAGGUAAUCGUCUUGAAUAAAAACUCCACGCAAUAUGCAAGU